AUCAGCAAAAAGUGCAUGUAGUACACCCCAUACGAGGAUGUCCAUCGGCGUCGUUUCCACGAUGACUAGCUAGCGUUAACGCCUCUCCGCUCGUCUCAUAUCCCGGGGAAGCGAUUUCCGUUCAAGCGUGACCUACUCUUUGACAUUUGGGCUUUAUUUGUGUGUUUCGGUCGUUCAUAUCGACGCAGGUUGGCAUCCUGGCACGAAACAUGAACAUAGCCGCGCUACUCCCGGAGGUCCGAGGACUUCAGACGGAUGAGGAUGAAUCCAGAAUCUUAAGGGUGAAAGUCAUUGCUGGAAUUGGGUUGGCCAAGAAAGACAUUUUGGGUGCCAGUGAUCCAUACACAAGAAUCUCUCUCUAUGACCCUGUCAAUGGAGAAAUCACCAGUCUGCAGACUAAAACCAUUAAAAAGACAUUGGAUCCGAAGUGGAAUGAGGAAUUCUUCUUCAGAGUAAGUGAAUGGGUAUUUACAGAGAUCAUGUUUUUGUUACCUGGCUGUACUGUCAAAAAAUGUCACCCCAAAAUGAAAGGAGAAAAAAAAAUUAUAUCAGUAGCCCAGGAUAGAAUUUCCCUACCUGGGGUUUGUAAGUUAAUGAAAUGCUAAUAAUUAAUUAAA